AUGUCCGACGACCAUUCCGUGCUGGCAACGCACACCGCGGACCCGAGCACGACCUCUCAACCCUUCUCCACCCCACCAACCUCAUACACAUACUAUCAUGCCGGCCCACUGUUCACGAUCGCCGAACUACACACCAAUGCACUCCUCGCCCAAGCAAUUCAAUCCAUCUCCUCCGGCAAAUUCAUCCCCAUAUUGCCUCAAGACCUGGAACAACGCGACCUCUCCGCCCACGCCAUCAGAGAUGAAGACCUCCGCGCCCUCCUAUCCUGCGACCUGGCCCUCUUUACGUACGAUGGCGCAGAACUCGACGCCGGCACGGUCGUGGAGUACAUGGUCGCGAAGAUGGCGGACGUGCCCUCGGUGAUUCUGAGGACUGAUUUCCGGGGCGCGGGUGAUCAAGGCCAGAGCGGGACCGAGACAGGUGAUGCGUGGAAUCUGAUGAGUUCGAAUUGGCCGCGCACCGUCACGCUCAGCGUGAACUCCAUGGUCGGGUAUAAAUCGAGUUUGCAACGGACGAUGGUCGCGAAUCAAGGUCAGAGUGCGAGUGCGGCUGAACAGAAGAGGACUGUCGGAGAGAGUAUGAUUGCCGAGGUGGCGCAGAAGGUGGUGGAUGGGUUUGAGAGGGUCGUCAAGGAGAAGCCCCGAUUGCCCAAGGAAUUGAGGCGGAGCGUUUACCAGUGGCUGGCACUUAUGCCGGGAUUCAAGAAUGGUGGCAGCGAAGGGGAGGGAUUGAGUGUCGAGGCGUUCGCCAGAUUGAGCGACGACAAGGCCGCCAGAGGCCUGUUGUGA